AUGGAUAUUGAUCCCGAUUCUCAUUCUCAUUUGAAAAGUGAAAAAUCACUUGAAUCAAUAUCUAAAUUAUCUAAAUUAGAUAGUCUAGGAACUCAAUUCGGUUUUGUCGUGGGAAUUAAUGAAGUAACAAAACAUCUUGAACAACCUUUUAAUUCUGAUAUCGUAUCAUACUUUCAGAAAAGAUAUCACAGAAAUAACCACAAUUUAAAUAGAUCAUUAAAUUUGAAAGAGUCUAAUAAACAACAAAGAGAACCUUUGAGAAUGGUUUUUGUAUGCAAAGCUGAUUUAUCAACACCAAAUUUGGUAUCCCAUUUCCCUAUUAUGACAAGUAUAGCUCAUGUAUUACUUGUACUAUUACCGCUAAAUUCUUCUAAAGUACUUGAGGAAUAUACUGGAAUCAAUAAAAUAAGGACUUUAGGAAUAAAGAAAAGAUCGCCCGCAUUUGACAACAUUUACAAACUGGUUCAAGAUAGAGUGAAACCAGUUGCUGCUUCAUGGUUAAUGCUGCCCUUAGAACAAGAAAUUUCAAAGAAAAGAAGAAGUGAAGAGGAGCAAAUAGUAGAUGAUCCUUCAUCAUCUACUAUCCAAAACCAAAUUCCUGAAAUGUUAACAAAGCAAGUAACAUCUGUUGAAUAUUUUCCCACUAAAAUUAAACAACUUAAAACAACUGCUCCCGUAAAUAAAGAGCAGCAUACGCAAGAAAAAAGAUUAAAAAAGAAACAACGAAAACUUCUGAAACAAGAAACAAAUUCAAAAUUAAAUACCUGA